UUUAGUCAACCUGUGUUAUUUGAAAUAACUAUGAAGUUGCUUUUUUUUCUGGGUUUAUUUAUUUUAUCGUCUUGCGUGGCCUAUCCCAAUGCCAUUCCAAAUGCAAGCGCAGUUGCUGAUCCUAUUGCGGAACCUGAAGCAAAACCUGAAGCUAACCCGGAAGCCGAUGCCAAUGCAGAUCCAGAAGCUUUGUUUUCAAAGGCUUUGAAAAAAUUUAAAGAGAAAGUGAAGAGUUCCACAUCUAGCUUUGGCAAAAGCAUAAGUAAAAAAUUAAGUUUUGGUAAGACUGAUAAAAAAGAAAAUCCAAGUAAGUCUAGUUUACUUAAAAAAAAGUCUGCCACAAUCGAAAAGAAAUCUACUCAUGUUAAAAGCAAUGAGAAUAAUAAAAAAAUCGUUCAUAGUAAAAUUAGUGCUAUGAAGAAUAAAGGCUUUCCCUCCAAAACCGAUAAAACGAACAAAAAAUCUAUUCUUAGCAAAUCCAAAACAGCUUCAACAAGACGUGAUGAAGUAAUUGAAAAUCCUCAUCAUCUCGAAUCGAGUAAAAAAAAUACUAAAAGUAGGAGCAGUGAUUCGGAUCAUCCCACUAAAAAAUCUAAAACAUGGAUUGCGAUGACCAGUAUAGGAAAUUUUCUGAAAGAUGAAAUGUCAGGGCAUUUAGGGAAUAUAAUUGAAGAUGCAGCUUCAACAAUGAUACAUGGAAGGUCAUAUAAUGGGAGAAUGAGCAUGAAUCAUGCUGAUUUUGGUGCGGAUGAUGAAGAUAUUCCCAAUUAUGGAGAUGAUGAUGAUGCCAUUAGUGAAACCGAAGAUGAUGCUACCACCAAUGACGAUAACGACGAAUCGAGUGAAGACGCGAAUCCCGAAGAAGAUAAUGAUAACGAUGAUGAUGAUGCAGACUCGGAAGAAAACUUAAUUCAAAACGAUUGUUCUAAUUUUAUUCUGCAAGUGCCAGAUUAUCAAGAUGCUGAAGAUAAGUUAUUGUGUGAAGCAGUAAUUAAUAAUCAACCGCAACAAGUUGAAGACUGGAUGAAAUCUAAUCUAAUAAAGAAAUCACAGUAUUUAGGUGUCUUACUCUGGACAUCAAUAGCUAAACAUUAUCAAAGAGUUUCAACUUUGCUGGUAGAAAAUGGUGCUGAAAUUCAUCAAAAAUUUUUAAAUAAACCCUUGAAUGAUCCCACUCGAUCAUUGUUGCUUUGGGCUAUUUAUUGGAAAAAUAGUUUUGCAGUGAAUCUUUUAUUGAAAAACAAUAUUGAUGUCAAUUGUGAAAACCAACAAGAUGGAAUAGGAGCUCUUUAUUUUGCAAUCAAAUCAGAAGAGCUUGACAUUAUUUGUAUCCUUUUAAAAUAUGGAGCUGAUGUAAAUUGCAGGGAUUUUAAAGGAAACUCAAUACUGCACAUAGCUGUUCAAACUAACAAUGUUGCAGUUAUUAAAGAAAUUUUGAAACGAAAACCAGAUUUAAAAGCUAUCAACAAUUUAGGUCAAAAUGCUUUGCACAUUGCUACACUAGGUGCAGAUGAAAAAAAUAAUGUAAUAAUAACUCUUUUAAUAGAGGCAGGAGUAGCUAUCGAUGGUUUGGAUUGUCAGAAUGAAACACCAUUGCUUUAUGCCAUAGGCUUAAGAAAAAAUAAUAUGGCAGAAGGGUUAUUAAAAUAUAAAGCUGAUGUGAAUUUAAAAAACUACUAUUCACCGCUGUUUUUAGCAAUAAUAUUAGAAGUAUCUCCAAGAGUUAUAAAUAUUAUUUCCUCACAGGCUGAUAUAAAUGAAAAAAAUAUUGAGGGUGAUACAGUACUGCAUUAUGCCUGUAAACAUAAUAUGUCUAGUGGAAGACUCAAAUUUUUACUCAUAUUAAAAGCUGAUGUCAACAUUUUUAAUUCACAAGGAUUAGUCCCUUUUUCUUUAUUAACGAACUUGAAGUCAGAGCAAGCAGUUACAAUGGUAGAACAUAUAGCUAGUUUGAAACUAGAGAAUAAAUAUGUUCAUAAAGAUAAUUGGGAUAUAAUUUUUCAUAAUGAAACUUUAUUAGCAUUAUAUAACAAUUAUCUUUCAAGAAAUGAACCUAAACUUCGUUAUAUACAACGUGAAGUUCGAAUUAAAAAAUUGACAAUGGAAGCGUUAUUGAAAGCUGUUAAAAAUGGCAAUAUGAAAGAAGCAAAAGAAGAAAUUGCAUUAAUGACAUCAGUGUAUAACACUUUGAUAGAUAUACCCGUUAGAGAAGGAGAAACAGUUACAACAGCUUAUACAGUUCUUCAGAAUGCAGUCCUUAAUCGACACAUUACUAUCGUAAAACUUCUGUUGGAUGGUGGCUGUUAUCCUAAUCCAAUUCUAUCUUACCAAAAAUUAGAUUCAACGCCUUUAUAUAUUGCCACUAGUAAAAAAUUUUUUGAAAUAUCAGAGAUGUUACUUUCCAAGGGUGCCAGUGUCAUCGAACGCCAUUAUCAGACUGGUCUUACUCCAUUACAUCUUGCUGCUGAGAAACGAGAUUAUCGACUGCUCUUAUUAAUGCUCAAAUAUUGUCAAAAUAUCAAUGUUACAGAUAAUAAAGACAGAACAUUGUUCGAAGCCUUCAUAAAAAAAGCUCAAGAUUCUAGUAUCGACUAUGAUCCUGUGAGAUUUAUUGAAGUAUUUGAAAAACUUAUUAGUAAAGGUGCCGAUUUGUGUUGGAAAAAUAAGUCAAAGCAAACAGUGUUGCAUUUGUCAAUAUUACUGGAAGACAAAAGUAUAUUUUGUAAGUUGAUAUCAAUGUCAAAAUUAAAGCAUUUAAUCACUGAAGUUGAUAUUGAGGGCAACACAAUCCUUCAUUCGUUAUUAAAGUCAACACUUGGAAAUUCAUUAAGUUCAAAUGAAGACAACAAUGUUGACAUUUUUUUCAAACUCAUUGAGAAAAGAAUUCCAAUCGACAUAUCAAAUAACAAGCAAGAAACUCUUGCUCAUUUAGCUGCUAAAAAUAAACAUUUUAAAAUAUUAAACAUUAUACUGAAUCGUUCGAAUGAUGUGAAUGCAUGGGAUCAAACUGAAAAUACAGUUCUUCAUUAUUUAUUGAAUUACGCAGAUACUUUGCCGGAUUCCUUAACUGAAGUUUGGAAAAAGUUAGUAAUGAUUAUAUUAUCAAAACAGGGAAAAAUUGAUAUUAAAAAUAAAGAAGGCAAUUCACCUCUACAUAUUGCUGCCAAAUCUAAAAAUCUAGACAUUCUAUUUACAAUGAUUAAAGAUGGAGUUGGAAAUAUCAAUGUGGCAGAUGGAGCUGGCAAUAAUAUUCUGCAUCUAUUUCUACUUAAGGAAAGUGUUGAUCAUCAUGUUAUAAAAAAGCUUUUGGCCCAGGGUUUAAAAAUUAAUGCUGCUAACACAAAUGGAAAUACUGCUUUACACUUAGCGGCUGAAAAAAAUUCUUACAAGUUGAUAGUUAUUUUGUCUGAGUUCAAGCCACUAGUAACUUUAAGAAAUUCAUCAGGAGAUACCCCUCUUCAUACAUUACUUAAAGCAAGGAGUAUUGACAUGGAUUGUGUUGAAUGGUUCUUAUCUAUGGGUGCAUCUGUUGAUACUCCGAAUCAUCAUAUGGAAACACCAUUGCAGUUGGCUAUUUAUGGAAUACAUAGUCAUAAUCGUAUUGAUACACAAAAAUAUAUAAAAGCGUGUUUAGAGUUUCUAAAACGUUCAGAAAAUGUAGAUACUCACAAAAGUAAAGAUGGGUAUACAGCAUUUCAAUAUUUAUUUAUUGGGGAUACAAUUGAAGAAAAUGUAUUAUUACCUGUUGUUGUCAGCAUGAUUCACAAAGGUGCAAAAGAAAGUUUGAGUAAUAGUAGCUUAUUUAAUAUGGUAUGUAAAAAAAAAUACCUUAAAAUUAUGUUGCUUUUACUGAAAAAUGAUAUCGCUGUCAAAUCCAGUGAUAGAAAUGGUAAUGUUUUGCAUUAUUUAAGUGAGUUUGACAACGGAGAUUUUGAAACAAUGAAAUUGAUCGUUGAACUAUGCAUGCAACGAGGUUGCGAUAUAAAUAUGAAAAAUAAAUUUGGAUUAACACCAUUUCAUUUAGCUUGUGAAAAAGGAUGUUUAAAUGCUGCUAAAGCAUUAAUGGUAAAUAAGGCGAAUAUUCAUUGUACGACUGAAGAAAAAGUGACUCCAUUACAUUCAGCAGUUACAAGUAUGAAUAUUGAAAUUGCUAAUCUUUUAUUUAAGUAUGGAGCCGAUCCUAAUGCCCGUCAAUACGAUGAUCGUACACCACUUCAUUUGGCAGUAUAUCACAAAGAUUCUACCUUAAUCAAGUUACUUUUUGACAAUUUUGCAGAGAUAAAUCAUGUAGACCAAUAUGGGAAAACAGCCUUACAUUGGGCUUGUAGUUUUGACAAUAUUGAGGUAGCAAUGUCAUUAAUUUCAUUUGGAGCAGAUAUUACUAUUAGAGACGCAAGUGGUAAAACUCCAUAUGAUAUUGCUAUUCAAUUUACUACAAGCCCAUUACAUAAAUUAAUAGCUAAUUGUAAACUUGCUUUACUUUGUUCCAAACACUCACAAAUUAAUGUAAAUCCUGAUAAUCAACAAGAUCUAGAAGCAUGCAAAAGAGAGAAAGACAAUCUUAAAAGAAAAAUGAUUGAUCGACAUACUUCAGUUUUUGAUUUGUGUCAUGCAGAUGAAAAUAAAUUGUGCAUCUACUCAAACAAUUUAACUUUAAAAGAAAUUUUACAGAAAUCAGAACUCAUGAAAAGAGAUUAUCCUAUGUUUCGAGCUUUGAUAUACUCAAAGUUCUUUAAAGGUAAACGAAGACGACAGCUUCUUGAAAUGGCAGCAACAUCUCUGCAAUGCAUGGUUAAAAAAAAUAUACCAGAUUUAUGUAGUGAUAAAAUAUUUGUUACUUUAUCAAACGAAGAUCUUUUAAAUGUUGUGAGAGCUAAUUCUAUGAUUAUUAGCAAGAAACGAAAAAUUAGACAAGAUGAUGGUAAAUCCAAGAAAAGGUGCAUUUAAAACUUGACUUGUUUUGUUUUGUGUGUUGAUAUUAUCUUUUUGAUAUCCGUUUUAACAUUUAAUGUAUUAAUUAAUUUUUUCGUUCAAUUUCAAGUAGACUUGCGUAUUCUCAUUCAUUCAGUGUUUAAUGAAAAAUUUGUAAAACAAAUUGUGGUUGUUCACAGUGUGCAUGUAUAUAAAG